GGAGAGUGAGACAGUCAGUGCUGCCUGGAAAUAUGCGAAGCGGAUGUUUCUUGUGCGAGCAGCAGAGACACCGCCGUGCGUCUUUGCGCUCAGAGAUCAUCCACUCCUGAUUCACUCACCGCGUCUUUCUCUCGUUUUUCUCUCCCACAGCAGCCUCACCUGCGAAGCCACAGCGGAGAACAGCGGAGCUCCUCAGCGGACACUUUGCUGACUAACCCCAACAGACACCGGGACCGACCGACAGACACCUCAGUGUACUUUUCACCAUGGAGGAGAGCCGGGCAGAGUAACUUAACGGCAGCCUAUCCGCGACCAGACUGUCAGGGAGGAGAGCGAUCUUCACAAUGACCCGUUAAAUUCCUGCCGCCGAUGCUUGCUUUGGAGAGUGGAUUGGCCAUCUCCUAACAGCAGAGGAGACGAGCAGAGAGGCCUUUUAUUCCUUUAUUUCAGUCUUCAGAUGGACCGAGUGCCCUCGGCACUGGCCGCUAAGAUGCGCUGGAUCACGCUGAUGCUUGCCGGCUUGACUUUCUGGGGCAAAGUGACUAUUUGUAACUGUUUCGACUACGAGGAGCCAGACUAUGAUUAUUAUGAAGAGGAGAGAGCGGAGACAAUUGACUACAAAGACCCGUGCAAAGCUGCUGCAUUCUGGGGCGACAUCGCUUUAGACGAGGAGGACCUGCGCAUGUUCCAGAUUGACAGGACGAUAGACCUCACACAGCACACACACAUGCACACACACUCCCGGCAGGGCCACACGUCUGGUGGCCUGGAGGAACAUGAAAUUUCUAAGAAGAGAGGAUCGUUAUAUCUAUUGCUGGAGAGAAUACGCAGGUUUGGCUUCGACUAUCUCCCAAAGAACUCCAGCAAAGGAGUUGCCAAUCCCAGGAGCCAAACUGGUAAAGGUGGGAAGACUGGAAAUGUAGUGAAAAGCCGUAUUCCUCGAGCAGCCACAUCCCGAGCUGAGAGGAUAUGGCCUGGAGGAGUCAUUCCCUACGUCAUUGGAGGGAACUUCACUGGUAGUCAGAGGGCCAUGUUCAAGCAGGCCAUGCGUCAUUGGGAAAAACAGACGUGCGUAACUUUCAUUGAGAAGACAGAUGAGGAAAGCUACAUUGUGUUCACCUACAGACCCUGCGGGUGUUGUUCCUAUGUGGGUCGUCGUGGCAACGGGCCCCAGGCCAUCUCCAUAGGGAAGAACUGUGACAAGUUUGGCAUCGUGGUGCACGAACUGGGCCACGUCAUUGGCUUCUGGCACGAGCACACGCGGCCUGACCGUGACGAUCACGUGACCAUCAUUCGCGAUAACAUCCAACCAGGCCAGGAGUAUAACUUUCUCAAGAUGGAGCCAGGGGAGGUCAACUCUCUCGGGGAACCGUAUGAUUUCGAUAGUAUCAUGCACUACGCCAGGAACACCUUCUCACGGGGGAUGUUCCUCGACACCAUUCUUCCAUCCAGAGAUGAAAACGGGGUCCGGCCUGCUAUUGGCCAGCGCACCAGGCUCAGUAAAGGAGACAUUGCACAGGCAAGGAAGCUGUAUAGAUGUCCAGCAUGCGGAGAGACGCUCCAAGAUUCAACGGGCAACUUCUCGUCUCCUGGUUACCCCAACGGAUACCCCUCAUACACGCACUGUGUCUGGAGAAUAUCAGUUACACCUGGAGAAAAGAUUGUUCUUAACUUCACCACCAUGGAUCUGUAUAAAAGCAGUUUGUGUUGGUACGACUACAUUGAGGUUCGGGAUGGAUACUGGAGGAAAGCUCCACUGCUCGGCAGGUUUUGUGGAGAUAAAGUUCCCGACGUGUUGAUCUCCACUGACAGCAGGAUGUGGAUUGAGUUCCGCAGCAGCAGCAACUGGGUGGGAAAAGGCUUCGCUGCCAUUUAUGAAGCGAUCUGUGGAGGGGAAAUCACCAAAGACUCAGGACAGAUUCAGUCUCCCAACUAUCCUGAUGACUACAGACCCUCUAAAGAGUGUGUGUGGAGGAUCACUGUGUCUGAAGGAUACAACGUCGGGCUCAGCUUCCAGGCCUUCGAGAUUGAGAGGCACGACAGCUGUGCUUACGACUACCUGGAGGUCCGAGAUGGCCCCCUGGAGACGAGCCCUUUGAUUGGUCGAUUCUGUGGCUACGACAAACCUGAGGAUGUGCGCUCCACCUCACACACGCUGUGGAUGAAGUUUGUCUCAGACGGCACAGUCAACAAGGCCGGCUUUGCUGCUAACUUCUUCAAAGAGGAGGAUGAGUGUGCCAAGCCAGACAAUGGUGGAUGUGAACAGAGGUGUGUAAACACUCUCGGCAGCUUCAAGUGUGCCUGUGACCCGGGCUAUGAACUAGCUCCAGACAAGAAGAGCUGUGAAGCGGCAUGUGGCGGUCUCCUCUCCAAGUUGAACGGGACCAUCAGCACUCCUGGUUGGCCUAAAGAGUAUCCGCCCAACAAGAACUGUGUUUGGCAGGUGGUCGCUCCCACUCAGUACCGCAUCUCCAUGCAGUUUGAGGCCUUUGAGCUGGAGGGGAAUGAGGUGUGUAAAUAUGACUACGUGGAGGUGCGCAGUGGCCUUUCAUCAGACUCUAAGUUGCAUGGUAAAUACUGUGGCACAGAGGUCCCUGAAGUCAUCACCUCUCAAUAUAACAACAUGAGGAUUGAGUUCAAGUCUGAUAAUACCGUCUCCAAGAAAGGCUUCAAGGCUCACUUCUUCUCAGACAGACUGGCUCUGUGUCAAGAGCGUAUGAUUGUGUUUGAGUCAUGCCAGGACAUAAAGCGCGGCCGCUCUCCCUCCCGUGGCCAUGUCAACAACAAGCUGGCGACCUCAUCAGAGGUCAGAGACAAAGAUGAGUGCAGCAAGGACAACGGCGGCUGCCAGCACGAGUGCAUCAACACAGUGGGCUCGUACGUUUGUCAGUGUCGCCAUGGCUUUGUACUGCAUGAGAACAAACAUGACUGUAAGGAAGCUGAGUGUGAGCAUAAGAUCCACAGCCCCAGUGGGACGCUGAGCAGCCCUAACUGGCCAGACAAGUAUCCCAGCCGUAAGGAGUGCACCUGGGACAUCACAGCCACGCCGGGGCACCGAGUCAAGAUAGCCUUCAAUGAGUUUGAGAUCGAGCAGCAUCAGGAAUGUGCAUAUGACCACCUCGAGGCCUUUGACGGGGACAGUGACACGGCAGCCAUCUUGGGCCGACUGUGUGGCAGCAAGAUCCCGGAGCAGCUGGUCUCCACCGGCAACAAGAUGUACCUCCGCUUCAUUUCUGACGCCUCAGUACAAAGAAAGGGCUUCCAAGCUACACACUCCACAGAAUGUGGAGGUCGCCUAAAGCCAGAAGUUCGUCAGAAGAACCUCUACUCUCACGCCCAGUUUGGAGACAAUAAUUACCCAGGUCACACUGACUGUGAGUGGCUGCUGACAGCCGAGCAGGGUUAUGGCAUCGAGUUGACCUUCAUUACCUUUGAGGUAGAGGAGGAAGCUGACUGUGGUUAUGACUACAUCGAGCUGUACAAUGGGUACGAUGCCAACUCACAUCGACUCGGUCGCUUCUGCGGUUCAGGGCCCAGGGAAGGGAUCUACUCGCCCGGAAGCACGAUGCUGAUCCGUUUCCAUAGCGACGACACAAUCAGCAAGAAGGGCUUCCACAUCCGCUACACGAGCACCAAGAUCCAGGAGAGCCUUCACACCAGGAAAUGACCUCACACGCAGCCCGUAACCUCUGACCUCUGUGCAGCCCCCCGCCACUGUCACCCUGACCUUCACCAUGGCAACGAGAAAAGUACAGCCUGUCCCCUCUUCUCGGACCGACAGACAGAUGCGGACAUUUGUGGACGUUCACCAGCCGCGGGGGGAAGUCAACACUUGACGUGAACAUUAGUCUCCCUCCGUGGCUCCACACAGGUCAGCGCACUCUGAGAUGAGACAGGAAAAACACUGAGAUAUCAAUACGUGCUUCAGCAAACGUGGAGAAUCAUGCCGACGACUGAGCGAGCCAUCUCUGUGGAGGAGAUGGUUUUCAUUACUGCACAUCCAGCUACCCUCAGUGUGGAUACUCACGGUGGCAAAACAAAAGAGUACAAACACACACACCGGUAAACACACCAGACUCAUAUUCAGAACUAUAAACUAUGGAUGCUUGAGGAACUGAAGAGCUUCUACUUAAAAAGAAAAAUGCAUCCACCUGGGGAGUUCAGAGUCUCGUCUGACUCCUUGGACUGUGCGACGUACUGUGAUCAGACAGCUGCUCAUAUCCACAGUAACUGAGAGGAAACUCUGAGUAGACAUUUUUAUUGCCUUUGAUGCCUGGGAACUGCAACCCAGCUCAGAACGGCUGCAGAUGAUUUUAUUUCAUGUCUUAUUGUAAAACCCGUUGUGUUUACUGUAUGUGUGUCUGUGUGUACAGAGAAAAAAAAAAGAACAAACAAAAGGCUGAAGUCCGUCAUUUGCCCUUUUUGCUUAAAGCUUAUGCAGACAACCAUCGUGGAAUGGGGAGAAAAAAAAAUGCAAAUGGAGAAUUUCCAAAUGAUCUGUGAUGUUAAUGUUAAGCCUUGCAUUAUGUUGUGUGUGUGUCCAUGCUGUUUCUUGAGUUUGCACCAUCUUGUAACAAACUUUCGUGGAUGUUUCCAGUUUCCACCUCAGCCCCGCUCCCAAAAAAGUGGAUAUUGGAAAGGAAUAUUUUCACAGCUGUCUCUCGGAGUGACACAAUUCUGAUUGAAGGAGAGAUUCCCAUGGUGCUAACACAUAAGAAUACACUGAAUGACAGGCGACUGUGGUUGGAAAUAGGAGACACAGUCGGCGUGCGAACAGCACACUGCAUCAACAGCACUAGUCCUGUGGAACUACAAUAUUGCCUUAGAACCAAAAUGUAUAUCGAUGCUCUUGUGUCAGCGGAGUGUUUUCAAGGUUUUUUGGCAGCAUAUUUUAUUUGUUUGGAGACCUUGAAUGGUUUUAUUGUUUAAAAAAAAAACACAACAAAAAACAUGGGAAAUGUAGUCUGUGUGUGAGAUAGGGUGUCAAUGGUGCAUGUGUGUUUGUGUGUCAUUUUUGUAGCUGCUCUCAGAGAUACAUGAACACAUGCUUACACAUCCACAGAUACACAAAAACUCAUUUGUGUGCGUUUUCCCAGACAUAUCUGAACACACACUUCCUCUUCUGUAUAUCUGGAGUGUGGAGAGCAAAGUGCUGUGAAGGUGGAGGACAUACACAGUUUAUUGUGUUAAAUGCAAAUGUGUAAGUGUGUGUUAUAGGAGAUUAUAGAGAAAUAAUGUG